AAAGCCACACAGUAUUCUGUAACUGGUGAAGUGGCGCUGUUUAUGAAUAAUUUAAAUUCGUGUUGUUGGCAGAAACUUGCAUACGAAGUUAGAUUCUGUUCAGAGACAGGAUGUGGCCACUGGAGAAGUAUGCUCGUUGGGACGGCAACUGCUGGCAUCAGGUGGAUAGUAGUGAGGGCCAGCUUACACUCUUGAUUGAGAAUAUGCAGUUACUGGUGGUUCAAUAUGGAACUGUGUUUGAGUCAGUGAGCCUUGCUUCAGGGUCUGGUCAACUGCGAGGAGUAUGGAAAGACACAAUCCUCGUAAUUGUUAUUAAACAUCAGAAAACUUCACGUCGGUUUCGUGUGAAAUUUACUGCAACAGAUUUUAACUCUGCAUUAUCAAACUCCAGGGACUGUGUGACUAUCUUGUCGCAAUAUAUAUCAAUACGUGAUCCUACAAAGGACAGCACGUCAGAGCACAUGACAAUAUCCGAGUGGUGCAAUCGUUUUAUGAAGGCAGAUGCUUCAAAUGAAAACACACUUGUAGGUUCCUUGGCUCCUGAACCACUACCACCAGAAUUUCCAUUGGAAAAGACAAUACAAUUGUGCAUCUUGGACACCAGCUUUCUUGAGCUUGUCAACAAAGUGGAUGCUGUGUUGCAACAGAUGCAUCUAUAAAUUUAUGAUAACAUUUCUACAAUAUCAUACAUCAAUAGCUGUCAUGUUCUCAAAUGUACUGUUUCCAAAUAUUUUUGUGUCAAUCCACUUUCCUUAUUUUGUAUGAAAAUAAUGUCUGUAUGUUUAUCUUGCCUUAAUAAUUUCUGAAUCACUCAUCUGCUUCAUGAAACUAGACUACACAUGAGACUAGAAAAUUCCACUUAUAUAUUCAAUAUCUUCUCCAAUAGAAGUGACAUGAGUAACACUUCAGCCAGCAUCCUAAAAUUCUGUGUGGUAACAUCUUCAAAAAAAUAUCCAGCGUUUAAGGUCAGUUUUCUGUAGAAUGUAUGAGGCAUGUUAACAAAGUAAUGAGAUUUUGUACAAAACCAUUUAUUCGAUUAUUUGCCUAAAUCAAUAUUACUCCCUUCAAAAUAGAAUCCUUCUGAUGCAACACUCUUGGCCCAGCAAAUUUUCCAUUCCUCACAGCAGGACUAGAAGUCAGCUUCUAUCAGGUUCUUGUUGGCAUCGGUUACAUCCUUCUGAACACUGUCAAGUGUUUGAAAAUGAUAGCCCUUGACUCUCGAUUAUAAUUUUUGGAACAAGUAAAAACUACAAAGUGGCAAAUCUGGAGAAUAUGAAGCCUGUGGAAGUAUAGGAAUGCACUUUUUUGCCAGAUAUUCAUGAACUGACAAUGCUGUGUGUGCAGAAGCACUGUCAUGAUGAAGCUCAAAGGAUCCAAUUGUCCUGCAAUUUCCAUUUGGAAUCACCCUCUUUCUCGGACAGUCCAACACUUUAAGACAAUAUUUCUGAUUCACUGUCACAUUAGCUGGCACAAAUUCUUUAUGAACUACCCCGUGAGAAUAAAAAAAAAAUGGUUAUGAUCCAAGUAAUAAAAACUGCUUCAAUUUCAAA